UCCACUCUCCACAUCCUACCCUACUCUCAUUCUCUCAGCGCAACUCGUGAGUGAGACUUGGGGCUCUGGCACUCAUAAGCGACAUUUGCUAUAACUUUUUGUAAAAGUUUAUAUUUUGCAUUGUGGAGGAAGGCGAGGCAUCGCCAGGUUGUUUUGUUGGACCAUUAACUUCUGCUACCCUCCCAGACUGCUUAGACCACGGUUCACACACACACACACACACACACACACACACAAACGCACGCACGCGCGAGUCUGUCACUUCUGGAAAGAAGAAAAUCGUUUUUUCCAGACGUCGUCCUCUGGGUUUUUGAUUAAGAUCAGGGGCGUGUUGUUAACACUAAGGUCCUGCUACCACCUCCUCCCCUUCCUCAAAUAAUGGUGACUUUAAACCAAGCAGAAAUGCGAUGUUUCUUGACUUCCCAGACCUGAGUUCGCCUGCAGCCCCAUCUCCGGAUGUGUGGUGUCUUUUGUGAGCCUUCACUGAGUGGGAGAAGAGGAGUUACAAACACACACAGCAUAGCGAGCUUACAACAAGAGGGACAGAUGAGUGUUCUUGUGCCCUCAAGAUUUCUCUCAUGGUGAAGAGAGCCUUUGACCAGGAAGGAGGCAGUCAUUCAGUCAGUCCUGAUCACCUAUAUACACCACUAUGUCUGGCCUGGACCCUUACCAGUACAUUGUUGUGGAGCAGCAGUACUCCCACAAGUUGAAAGUGAUAGUACUACGGGCAGAAAAUGUCACUAAAGGAGCUCUGGGUGAUUUGCUGGACACUCCAGACCCCUAUGUGGAGCUUUUUAUUCCCACGGCUCCUGAGAGCAGGAAGAGAACCCAGCAUAUAGAUAACAACAUUAACCCAGAGUGGAAUGAAAACUUCGAAUUCAUACUGGAUCCCAACCAGGACAAUGUUUUGGAGUUGACUUUAAUGGACGCUAAUUAUGUGAUGGAUGAAACUUUGGGUUCAGCAUCAUAUAACAUUUCCAAACUCAGAGUGGGACAAACGGAAUUAGUUUCAUUUCUAAUAGGAAAGGCAACAAAUGUGUACUUAGAGCUGAGUGUGGAGGUGUGCUCUGCCAUGGAUCUGCGCUUCAGCCUGGCUCUGUGUGACAAGGAGAAACUGUACAGGCAGCGCCGCAGAGACAGAGUCAUGCUGGGCAUUAAGAAGCUUCUGAAUAUGGAGAAACCUUGCUUCCUGCCUUCCUCCCCUCGAGAAGUUCCUGUGGUAGCUGUAGUAGGAUCAGGAGGUGGCUUCAGGGCGAUGGUCGGGUUCUCAGGGGUCAUGAAGGCUCUGUAUGAGUCUGGGGUUUUGGACUGUGCUACUUAUGUUGCCGGCCUCUCUGGAUCCACCUGGUAUAUGUCUACAUUGUACUCUCACCCUGAGUUCCCCCAAAAAGGUCCAGAACAGAUCAAUCAGGAGCUAAUGAAGAGUGUGAGCAGCAACCCUCUCCGGCUGCUCCUGCCCCAACACAUCACCAACUACGUCCAGGCUCUGUGGAGCAAAAAAGCUGGUGGACAGCCCGUCACAUUCACAGACAUCUUUGGCAUGCUGAUUGGAGAGACGCUCAUACCUGCUAGGAUGGACAUUAAGUUAAGUGAGCUACAAGAGAAGAUAAAUGAGGCACAGUCUCCGUUGCCCCUCUUCACCUGCUUGCAUGUCAAACCGGAUGUCUCUGAGCUUAUGUUUGCAGACUGGGUGGAGUUCAGCCCCUAUGAGAUUGGCAUGGCUAAAUAUGGCACGUUCAUGCCCCCUGACCUUUUUGGGAGCAAGUUCUUCAUGGGAACCGUUGUCAAGAAAUAUGAAGAGAACCCUCUGCACUUCUUAAUGGGGGUUUGGGGAAGUGCCUUCUCCAUCCUCUUCAACAGAGUGCUGGGGGUGAAAGAUGUCAGUAGUGGAAGCACUAUGGAGGAGGAGCUGGAACAAAUAAAGCCAGAACACAUCGUGGGGGUAGACAGCCAAGAUGAUGAAGAGCCACGGAAAGCUGGUGUAGAAGAUGAUCAUCGACAUGCAGAGGCCAGCUGGAUUCAGCGCAUGGUCACCUCACUGUUUAGUGACUCCACCCUGUUCAACACGCGUGAGGGCAGAGCUGGGAAAGUGCACAACUUCAUGCUGGGCCUGAACCUGAACGCUAGCAUUCCCUUCUCACCCUUCACUGAGAUACCAAGCCCGAACAGUCCAGAUGAGGAAGUAGACGCUGUCACAGACCCAGACGAGUUUGACCGCAUCUAUGAGCCACUAGACGUGAAGAGCAAGAAAAUCCAUAUCGUGGACAGUGGCUUGACCUUUAACCUCCCCUAUCCUUUGAUCCUGAGACCUCAAAGGGGUGUUGACCUCAUUAUCUCCUUUGACUUUUCAGCUCGGCCUAGUGAUUCUAGUCCCCCAUUUAAGGAGCUUUUGUUGGCUGAGAAAUGGGCACGCAUGAACAAGCUUCCAUUUCCAAAAAUUGACCCCAAAGUGUUUGACCGGGAAGGGAUGAAGGAGUGCUACAUCUUCAAGCCUAAAAAGGGUGACAAGAACUGUCCUACUGUCAUUCAUUUUGUCUUGGUUAACAUAGACUUCAGGAAGUUCAAAGCGCCGGGAGUUCCACGUGAGACUGAAAAAGAGAAAGAAUUUGCUGACUUUGACAUCUUUGAUGAUCCUGAAACUCCAUACUCCACUUUCAACUUCCAGUAUUCCAACCAGGCUUAUACUCAGCUGCAUGACCUCAUGGAGUUUAACACUCUCAACAACAUAGAGGUAAUUAAAGAGGCCCUAAAAGACAGCAUUGUCUACAGGAAGGAGAAUCCAUCUCGCCGCUCUGUCUCCCUCUCCCUGAAUGAAAUCCAGAACAAGAAGUUUCUGAAGAGGGAGACCAGAGGGCAGGCCCAUAAAUGAAUGGACGAUCCUCACAGUUGGUGUUACUGGAUGAGCCAUUUACAGAGUAUGUGGACCUUGGGAAAAAACAGAGAUAUUGGUGAAGUUUUAUUUAACUAAAGUUGUAUUUAACUGUUAAACAUGUGCUCUAAUGAACAUAAAUUAUUACAUUGAGGAUCUGUCCAAGAAAACUUCCUCGGCGCACUUUGUUCCACAGCACAGGUGUCCCUAGAGUUGUGUGUUUACAAAGGUCUCAUUCUCACUGAGAAUGCCUUGCUUUUUUCAUUAAUAUAUGUCUCCAUCAAAUGUGAAUUUAGACUUGGGUGUGAAUUGCAGCCAUUAAAUUGACAAGAUAUGAGAACUUAUUUGUAGAUUUUUUAAAUAUCUACAGAAUGCCCAAUAAAUACAUUAAUGGUGUGCUUAGCUGAAAAAUAUAAAUGUUGGCCUGGGCAUGUUUUUUUUCUUUAGGUUUGCGCUCAAGCUACAAGGCCAAACUAAAAAUCUUAUGGAGUGAUGUCUACUAUUUGUUUAAAGUGUAAAGCUAAAAAAAGCAGUUUGGACACCAAAUGUGUCUUGACUGAGUAAAUAUCUUUGAGGUUAGGAGAUCAGCUAAAAAUAGAAGACGUAAAUUAGAGUUUUUGUUGAAACAUUCCUCUAAGGAGAUGGAAUGUGGAAAUACUGGGGUGCCUAAAUACAGUCAAACUGUACAUAAACCUUCAUACUAACCUUCUCAAACAUUCUCAGCAAAGGUAUUCAAUAACAGUGUGUUUAUUAUUAUUAAAAUACCUUUAGAGUUAAUUAAAUAUUUUCUCAAAGGUAGGAUAAGUGCAAAGAUUUUCUGCACUUUUUAGACAUGGGAGUCCACACGCAUAGGGUUGAAAUAAAUAAAAAUAAACAUAUUUAUUUCUUAUCUAACACCUUAAAGAUAUUGUAAAGCUAUGCUUCCAUGUGUACACUACUCUUUAUUCAGAAUAUUUUUUUCUUAUUAGUCAUGUUUUAUCCGGACAAAAUAGUGCUGGUGUGAAAAUGCCCUUAAACUAAUGAAACUAAUGACUCCUUACAUGGAUGGCAAAACAGGUAUGCAUAUUGAAAUCCAAAAUAAGAAACAAAGACCUGUAAUAUACAGGUGUAUCCAGCAGCAUAAAUCCAGCAGCACACAGUGGUGAAUUCACACUACAGAGCAGGAGCACAGCCACAUACAUCUUAAAGCUGGACUGUGCUAGGUACUGUUCUACACUAUUGUAUUGUAUUGAAUGUACAGCCCAGGUUUUUGUUUUAUUGUCUGCUUGAGGUUUUAUGACAUUUGCAUGAGACAAAGAGUAUGUAACAUUUUGUUUGUUUUCUGUUAACCAUAGAAAGUACAUUUCAUUGUAGAAAUAAAUAAAAAAACAACUGAAUGUAAGUGCUGUUGUUAUAAAGAAUAA